AUGUCAUUUUUCACGAAAAAACGUCGUUCAAAUUCAUCUGCUAAACUGAAGCGCUCAAAGAUGCUAAAACGCACUGAAGCCAAUGAAGCACCGAUCGAUACGUCUACGAGUGAUGACGUCACCAUUCUUUCAGAAGAAUAUUUAGUCAGGCCAUUAUCAGGCGAUACUGCCAAAGAAGAAUCAAAUCCGAUUAAUACUGCAUGUAAUAUUGUCUCCUCCAGUGUAGACAAAUUAAUUUGUAUGUCGCCUUUCACUGCUGUCUACCGUGAACCAGUUUUGACACGUGUAGCUGCAAGUUUACGUAGUUCACCGUCGGAAUCAUCAGAAUCCCUGCCAACAUUACACAUUAUGGAACAGUCUACCAUUAAUAGUAGAAUUAAUAAUAAUGAUAAUGAUAAUAAUUUGAAAGGGGAACAUUCUGAUACUUUAACACUGCCUUCAUCGUUAUCAUCAUUGGGGGUGGUUAUUGAGCAUGAAAACAAUAAUGAAUGUGAUGAUAUAGUGGUGGAGGAGAGGUUGAAAGAAAAUAACUAUAUAUCAAAAUCUACUAUAGCACCAGCAAUAACUGAAGAAGAGGAAGGCAACAGUAACACCACUAACACCAGUGAUCAUAUCAAUAACCAUGAGAAUUUCAGCUUCGAUAGUGGAUUUUGUCCUAGCCAAUUAAUUAGGCAUGAAGUGAAUUCACUAUUACACUUAACAACUGACAUACCGUCUACAUCAAAUACACCAGACAAUUUACGCUUAGCCUUCGACGAUAUUAAAAGUUCAAUUUACCAUGCCUUAGAAAAAUUUGAAGAAAAACUUGAUGUUUCAUGGAACAGCACAAUACAGCCUUGUUUGCAUCCGAUAACAUCAGAGAUUGCAGUACAAACCGACAGUGAUGACUUGGAUGCGUCACAGUCAUCAUCAUCAUGCGCAUCCCCAUCCUCAUCAUUAGCGUCGCAAAUUUGUAAGGAAACCGAGUGUAAAGCAAUACAGACUGAUGUUGAUGAUCAAUACUCGCUGUCAGUAUUUAAUGAUCGUGAGCCUACUUUUCAAGAGCAAUUGUUGGAAGAAGAACUUCUACGCAUGGAACAAGAGAAUCAACGCUUGAAGAUACUAGUUAGGUAUGCACGUGCUGAAAUGACAAUGGAAAUGAAUCGUCAAAUCGCUGAAUUACGUCAACUUUGGGAAUGUGAAUUAUUGGCUGUUUUAGAGGCAGCUGGUAAAAUUUGGGAACAAGAUUGGAUACAGACAGUUGAUGAAGUGAAAAGACGUCAAUGGUGUGCUUUUUGUGGAAGUCUGGCGUAUUAUUAUUGUUGUUGGAAUACAUCGUAUUGUAAUAAUGUAUGCCAGUCAAAACACUGGGCAAUACACAUCAAUUCAUGUGUACAAGCUAAAGCCCAGUUGAGAAACACCAGUACUACAAUGACUAAUGGUGGUACUUCUACUCCUACUUAUACUACUACUUCUAUCAGUACUACUAGUAAUGGUACUACCAAUGUCAAUAUUAAUCCUACUCCUAGUUGUUCCAACGGCGUAACAUUGCAUCAUCCUACAACUUCAUCGAUUUUGAAUCAUCCAAUCCCUGUUGACCGGACACUGUAUCCUUCAGGAGCUCCAGCACCAGCAACAAUAACAACACAUAUAUUACCUCCUCAUUAUGUUUAUCAUCAUCACCCCCAACAACAACAGCAACUGCAACAACAACAGUCAUCACAUCAUCGAUUAAUUUUACCACAUCCAUCUUAUUAUAAUAAUAAUAAUAGUGGUAAUAAUGUUAGUGUUACUGGAUCGUCACAAACACCAACACCAGUUAUUAUUGACAGAUUGAUUGUGAUAUGUCUACAUCAAGGUGAAUAUAUCCAAAUGUCGUCUACGCCAUAUCCCGAUGCUAUUCAUCCAUCUUCCGUUGCAUCGGUUUUGUUUUUGUUUUCUUUUCGUUCUUUUCAUCAGCUCAAUUAUGACCAGUCUGUACAUACAUAA